CCUGAUGCUGCUGCUGACUCCGCUCAGCCCUUCUCCAGUCACGCUGAAAUCCAGUCUGGGAAUCCUUUAGUGCGCAGACUGGGAUGCGCAUCUGGACCGGAGUGUGUCCCGGGGACCAUUACGCAUCGAGGCUGCAGCUCUCCCUGUCCUCCUGCCGGAACUGAGGAAGAAGUACCCUCACUGUUGGAUGAGCAGUUUUAUUGGAACAGGAUGGCAGGCGCAAAGUGCCGCUUAAAAACCCCGAGCAACUUCCAGUCUUCUGCCAUGUUUGAGGGCUCAGAGUCUCUUGAUGUGGAAGGACGCAGCACAGAGAGCACCGCGGCCUUGUCCGUCAGCGCCUGCAAGAAGGUUUUGUGCAGUAACAGUGUGCUGGACUCGUCCGAGUACUGGCAGAGGAAUGAGAAGGCUUUGUGCAGAUUGGGCCUGCUGGACGACGAUGCAGAGGGCAGCUGCACCAUGAUUUGUUUUGUCAGCGUGGACCCUCAUAAAACAGACUGCCAUAAUGAUGAAAACAUCAAGAAAUUGGCAUCAGUGUCUCCUGACCUGCCAAAGCUUGUUGAAUUACUGACUGUCCACCAGUCGAAAGAAAAUGAGAUCCUGCUGCUUGGUGGCCUGGAAGCCUCAGAAACUUACCAAACACACCCACACUCCCCACUGCAGGGCGGGCAGCAAAUAGGCAUAUGUCUGCUACAGCGAUCAGGAAAGAGGCGAUCCUCAGCACCUGCCAGUGUCAUCCUUGAGAUCAACAAGUUCCUGAUUGGUUUGCAGUGGGGGAAAGAGCGACAGUUUCAACAGGGCCGAGCAGCCAGACAAAGGGUCGAUGAUGAUACCAACCGUUCUAUCUCGUCCAUAGAGGAAGACUUCCUAACGGCUUCAGAGCACCUCGAAGAGGAGAGUGAAGAUGAAGACCCAAGAAAUGAGCCAGAAAUUGGUGAUGCAGAAGAGAGCCUGGUCGAAGCUGGGCAGAAACACUGCGUAACAUCUCACGAGGAACAGUUAGCCAAUCAUCAGAGCCAGGAGGAGACUAAUAUAAAGAGAGAAUGUCCUCCAAGUUUGAGUCUCAAAACCAAGGAAUCAGCUGGUUACUUUGCCACCAAUUUGGCUGAGUCGGUAUUACAGGAUGCCUUCAUACGACUAUCUCAAGAUGAAUCUUCCUUUGUUUCUGAAGCAGCUAUCAGUGUGUCCCACUCUCAUUGUCUUUCCAAGAGUCCUUCCAAGAUCAAAGGACCUUCACAACAGCACGCCUGCUCUUUUGAACUACCCAAAAUUGUCAUAGUUCAGAGCCCAGACAGUUCUGACGGGGCUGCAGAAUGGUCAGAAACACAAACGUCCAAUAUGGAAGAUCGCAAUAUCCCUGCCAUAGAAAUGCCAGAAAAUGAAACCCAGGCACAGACACACCACCACAAUGGAGGACACAGACAUGUAGAGAUGGCUUUGGCCUGUGCUGCCAGUGUUAUUGGUACCAUUAUGACCCCAAAACUGACUGAAAAACUCACCCAUGAUUCUCCAUCAGUAGAGGACACAAAGGAGGAACAGGAAGAGGCAAAGGAUCAAAGCAACUAUUCUGUCUCCUCAGCUAUAUGUGGUAUGGCUCAAGUAGCUGGAGCAGUAGCAGCUGUGGAGCUAGCAGAGGAGUCAACAGAAGGUGAAUAUUCUGAAACAGAUACUACUGAGGUCUACACAGCAUCCCAUGGUCUAAUGUCUGUUGCCAAGGCUUCAGCAGCCUUCCCGCUUCACUGCAGUGUGGCAGAGGGUACUAGUGUGGAAUCAUUCCGAGCUAACAUAGCUGAGGUUCUGCAUAGGGAAGCAGCUGAGGUACUGACCCAACCACAAGGCUACAAAAGUGUUGCACACUUGCUGGAGACCACACAUAACAAAAUAGUGGAUGGUAUUACUUGUCCAAAAACAUGUUGCAUGGAUGAAAAAGAGGUGGAUGAUCUAAUAAAUGAAGUGGCAGACAGCUUAUUCAAGCAUGCUUUGGAAAAGGCAAAAAAGAAAAAGGAACUAGAAGGAGCUGGAAAAGAUGCUCCCAGCCUCCAGGUAUUUCUGCAGGACAGUGUUAACAAUUUGUUGUUUGACAUUCUUUGCCUGACACAGAAAAAAAUCAGUUGUAUCUCCUCCACAUGUGACCAAGAGUCAAAUGAAACACAGAAAGGUGACACUUGUGUUAACAAGCCUGCCACUACAAAAGGAAGCAAAGAUCUAUUGGGUCAGAGGCUUUGCUUGGUCAGCAAUAGUCAAUCCACUAAUAGUGAGAAACUCAGUGGCAUGAUGUCCUCCACCGAUAAGGUUUCUGUGCUUCCAGGAAUGAAGCAAAAACACUUCCUUGAGGAAGGAGAUUUCUGUGCAUCUUCCUCUACAGCGCACUCCAAAGAACAACAACAGUUGUCUUUAUGCAGACAAAGUCAGUCUAAAACUAAAGACUUUUCUGACCAGCAGCAUACCAGUGGUGCCAACAGGGAACCUUUAAAUGAAAUUCCCCUUCACAUGACAGAAAGAAGGGGACGAGUAGCAGCAGCCAGUGAUAGCAGACAGACCUCCCUCACACCUCAAGCCUCUCUUAACUCCUGCAAUCCUUUGCGGUCUUUGAAAGUGGACUCUGAUUCAAGGACACCAAUAACUUGUUAUGCUGAUGAUUUAGCUACUACAGUAGUGUCUAUGGCCACAGAACUGGCAGCCAUCUGUCUUGAAAACUCUACUGGGAAACAGCCCUGGUUUUGUGCUCUGAAUGGGACUUCUCCAGAAGGGCCAGAGACCUACUUGAUGCCAGCUUGUCGCACCGUUCUGAGAAGAAAAGAUGGUCAAAACAGCAAUGCUGCCUCAAGGAAACAUCGAGCCCCACGCCUCAGUGAGAUUAAGAGAAAAACAGAAGAGCAACCUGAACUAAUGGAGCGGCUGGUUAACCGGGUGGUGGAUGAGUCGGUUAACAUAGAUGAACCGGAUCCGUUUGCCCUUUUUGCCUCUGAAGUCACAGCCAGAAUCAUGAACUGUCCUGAACUCAAUGUGGUAGAUACCUCUAAGACGGGCCAGCAGCGCAGCAGGCUGCAGUGUGAGAAAUGGAGCCGUGGAAAAGCAUCUAGUUAUGAGAGCAUUCCAGAAGAAGACGCAGAUCCCUCAGGCACAUCCAACACCUUGGGCCUUGGCAGUCGGUUAGGUCAUAACUUGAGUCGUGGAAGUUCAAUCUCUAAGCAGUCCAGCUGUGAAAGCAUCACAGAUGAAUUCUCCCGGUUCAUGGUAAACCAGAUGGAGACUGAAGGAAGAGGUUUUGAUCUUCUACUGGACUACUAUGCAGGAAAAAAUGCUAGCAGUAUCCUGGCUGCAGCUGUGCAACAGGCUGCAACAAAGAAAAACGGUCACCUUAAUGUCAGGACCUCAUCUUGCCUUUCUAAGCAGUCCAGCACAGAAAGCAUUACUGAGGAGUUCUAUCGAUUCAUGCUUCGAGAUAUGGAUAAGGAAAACAAAGAAUAUAGCAUUGCCAAAACUAAAGAAUGGAACAAUAGCCUGUUCCCUCCUUCUCCUAGAACACCUUUCUGUAUAAGACAGUCUUCUGUCCCAGACCGUCGCUCCUCAGACUCACGACUGACUGUCAACUCACCCAUAAAAGCCAAUUCGUUUGAUGGGUUUGCCCGCAAUAUGUAUGGAGACACACUGAACAUCUACCCCACUAGUUCAGUAUCAGCCACGGGACUAUGCAAGUCUGACUCCUGCCUCUAUCAAAGGGGUAAAACUGACCAGAUUACUGAUAUGCUGAUCCAUGAGACCUGGUCAAGUUCUAUUGAGUCUUUAAUGAGAAAAAACAAGAUCAUUUCUGAUCCAGAGGACAGCAUUGAGUCAGAGGCUUCAGGAGACUCCCAGACACAUGUGCAGCAAUUUGCUAAUCGACUGGCAGCUGACAUUGUAGAUAUUGGCAAGUCUGCACUUGAAGGACAUCAAGAUGUAGCUGGGGCAAUGCCUGGGUCCCACCCACAGCUGCACAUGCCUGUUGGUGAAAGAAGAAGGGGGUUCAAACAGUCUCAUUUAAGUUGUAGUCGAAGUAGGUCCAACCAGGAGCAAGCUGGUUCUGGAAUAGGGUCCGGGCCUAGUGAUACCAAUAUUUCCUGCACAAGAGGGCCUAGAGAUGUGCCACUGAUCCACAUUGAGGGAGACCAAAAAGUGGAAAAGACUCUUUCAGUUACUGAAAGAACUGAAGGCAAACCUAAGGAAACAUCAGUAGACACUAAACGUACGGAGAGAGUUAAUGCCAGUAACAGCAGUGAGAGGGACAAACCAGCUGCUGUGGUGGCUGCAGUAGUGAAGAGGGACAAACGUUCAAUGAGUGCUAGCAGUGAAGAGAGCAUGGGGAGCUGGUCUCAUGUAACCCCUGAAGAUGAUCCACACGAGGAGACCAGUAGUUUUAUCCAGCUGAGUGAGGGGAAUGGUACUAGUAGCACAUCAAGCCUCGGUCUGGUUGACCUGGAGGCCUUUUCAGAUGCUCCUACUCAGAGCACAUUGAUCAGUGAGGUGAAAGAUAAAGGCCAGCAGGCAGAAAGCAAAAUCAGUGUUUUCGGGAGCACUCCAGGAGCUCCAGCAGGCGUCGGCAGCAGCAACCUCAGGCAGCUUUUAGUUGUAAACUGUGACCUCGAGCAGGAGUGCAUGGACUAUGAGCUCAGAGUGGCCCUGCAGUGGAUCGCUGCCUCAGAAUUGGGACUUCCUGCUCUCUACUUCAGGAAGACCAAAGAGAAAAAGGUUGCAAAGUUUCAGAGGGUGGUCCACUUGAUGGCUCAGAAGGCGUGGCGGAUUGCAGACCUGUUCGGCGCUGUGGUUCAGUUCUGUAAGCUACACGAGACCGAGGAAGAGGUGGGACGGUCUCUCCAGGCCAGCCUGUUUGACUGGCUUCUGGAAACAGUUUAGAGACAGAUUAACUGCAAACAGAAACACACUCGCUCACUCUUCAUAGCAUAAUCGCAGUUCGUCCUUAAGUGUCUGCCCAACAUAGUCGCACCACACCAAGUGUCUCUUACUGCAAGCUGACUAUACAGCUUAGUCGGCAAACUUGAGAAAUUUAUCUCGCCUGAUCUUUGAGUCAAAAAGUCUCCCUUUAACUAAAGCAUGUUGUUGUUUUCAGAUUUUUCUCUCUAGUAAGCUACACACAAACUGUACAGAAUAAACACGAGCUAAUAAAAAAAAAAAAAUCACAGCUAAAGUAUGUAUUGAUUUAUUGAUUCCAAAUCAACACCUAGUGGGCCAACGAC